AACAAAAACAUAUUAAAUGUAGUAAGCCAUGAUAUCCCAUGUCAGUUAAAUUGUCAAUGCUUUGUCAGUCAAAUAAGAUCAAAUCUCAAAGCUGAAAGAGAAUUUUGAAGCAAAUUUAAAUAUGACCACCCCGAAACAAAGAACAUCAAAAAAGAAUACUUCUGCAUCGAAUACUUCCGCGACGAAUGUUUCCGUGGCGAAUACUUCCACAGCAAAUGCUUCGCAAUUGAUUGAACCGUCUGAUUAUUCACUGGAUACGGAGUUCAACUAUUAUUGCGCUCUUUUACAAGAAUUGAUUCCGAACUUGCGCAACUCUGAUGAACAAGAACACGCCAAUCGAUGGCUUACAAAAUUGAUCGAGCCGUCCCUGAAUAUGCGUAACCUACGUGAUAAGCGCAACCGCUUUCUGAUGAUGCUCAGCAUUAGUCUGUUCAGUGGACACAUUCAGGCUCCAUUCAACGUCGCGCCCGCUGCCAAACUUCCGGAAAUCUCCUCACUCAGAAGACCAAAGUUUAGCGCUCCGGCGUGGCACGUUAGCGCCACCGAAUGGAAAGAUCACCUUUUACUUUUAACGGAAUUGUAUAAGAAAUUGAAAGUCCCUGCCUUCAGAAAAUGUCAGGCUCAUGCUAAACAAUGUACCGGUGGAAAAGAUGCGAGGUCCACUUUUUUGGAUCGCCAAUUCGAGUUCUUUCUUCACCUAGCUAAAUCCUACAUGCACUCAUUGAAGUCUUACCCUGAACUGAGAAUAGCUUGCAAAUGGAUUGAGGUCUUAUCGCAAAUCGAUAGAAACUGCUGUGCCCGUGCCAAGGGUAUUCGUAACGAUUAUCUCCUGGCGUUGACGAGUUACCUUUUACAGCACCAGUUGAUGGGACCGUUUCGUAAACUUCCCCUCCAUCCACUGAAGCCGCUUAUGGAAACCGCUCGCAAGGCAGCCGAAAACAAACCUGUGAACAGGAGUGACGGAUUAGGAAUCAAUUCAGGGGAUGAAUUUUUGAGUCAAUUUCCAAUUCCAGAAGAAGGUGCAUACGCUUACAUAUCAUUAAGUUCGGAUCUUUUCGAAAAAGCGGGACUUUUAAUAAAUUCGUAG